GAACAAUGUGAUGCUGCUCUGUUUUGGGAUAGGUGGUAUACAGGUCUGGAAAGAGUGAUAGAUCAGCAUUUCCAUUAAUCUGUUCCUUUGAGAAUAGUGCCACCAUAUUCAGUAUGUUUAUUUUCGGGGAACACAUUUAAGAAACAAUCGUCUGAGUGGAAUACGUCUAAUACGUCUAAUCUGUGCACCACUCCCAGCUAGAGAAUUUACAACAAAACAUUUAGAUUUAGAUGUCUGCACUAGUUCUGGAGCAUGAAUGGAACCCAUUCAUUUUUUUCCAGAGGGAUUUUUUCUUUGCAACCAGGAAGUGUUAAAAUGCUAACAUUAAAAACUACAAACUUCCGUUCGAAAAAAUGUUAGAGGAGAAAAAAUCGAUACCUUGGGUAAUUUCUCUGGUAAUGUUAAGGGUGACCCAUGACAAUUUGAAUCGAUCGCGAGGAGGAAUAGGUCACGCGAUUUGAACUUGAAGAAGGCGAAGGUGUUAGUGUAGUGGAGAUAACUUCGAUCCUGUACACUCAAAUUGAUAUUUUACUGUACUGUCAGUUAACGCAUUUUACAACUAUGACUUCGUCAGUAGGCUUCUCCCUGGAUGAUAUUCUGAAGUUGUCUUUAAAACAAGAGGAUGGAAAGGAACUCAAAGUGGAGGAUCUCGCCGUGAAAUUGAGGAGACUACAGCAAGCUAGAAGAACUCUGGAAGAGGAACUGUUGGAGGUGCAAACACUCAAAGGCUUAUUAGAACAAGAAGAGGAGACCUUGUGCUCAGAGGCCUUUCAGAUAGAUGUCAUCCUUAAAGAGAAGAAAGAGUCCCAUAGAAUACUGCAGUUCAAGUGUGAAGAACUGGACCAGGACUCUCAGAGGCUGCAGGAGCAGAACAAGCAGAAAGAAGAACUGGUGGAACAGUACCGAUACCAGAUACAAGAAGCCACACUCAAGCACCGCAAAACAAGGAUGAAGUUUGAGAAUCAACUGCAACAGUUGAUGGUUCAACACAAAAGUCUCUCCUCUAUGUUUACACCUGAGAGACUCCCAGCAGAGAUCAUCACUGCAGAGAAUGCUACACCUCAGCUCCUAAAAGCAGAGAAACUCAGGAUGGAGCAGCUGGCUCAACAACAGGAGGAGCUGAGUGACAUUCAUAAUGGAGAUAUUGAGCUGCUUACCACAGCGGUGUGAGUGUCUGACACACAGCAGCACACAUUCACAGUGUGUGAGGCUCUCACACACACUUCCAGUGAAUUUGAGCAGUCAGAUGAGCUACCAUGAUCAAACGCUCGGGGUUCCUGCAAAUGUUCUUUUAAAUGUUUGAUUAUUUAUUCUAUGAAAACUGCAAUACAGCAAUCAUAAUGAAAUGAAUACUGUUGUGAGC